AUGUUGACUGUCGUGCUCGCUUCAGCGAUCCUCGCCACUGCCUACGCCGCUCCCAUCGAAAACCUUCAAGACUGUCCAUUCCCCAAUGGAACCGACAAGGCGAUUCACUCGUUCAUGUGCGCUGAAGGAGAGCAGUUCACGAUCACCGACAUUCAAACCUAUGAUAUGAAUGGCAAUCCGCUGUAUCCAAUCGAUCCUCGCCAGGAGUUCAUCCUCAAUCUUACCACAUACAAUCACGGUCAGCAGAUCGACGACAACAAAGUGAACGUGAAAAUCUACCAAUACAAGUCGGGAUGGACCGGAGGAUGUACAUGGACUCAAGUGCCGACAUUCGGAUUGCUCAACGGAAUCGAUGGGUGUGACUUUGCGCAUAACUGCCCACUCACUCACGGACCACUCUUCCUCAUCCUCCCAAUGGAUCUAAGUCAGUUCUCCGCAAUCAUCAACGUUCUCGCCGCUUAUAAGCCAUAUCAAUUGGAAAUUCGUAUGUUCAACUACAAUGCUGGAUCAUCUCAUGAGGAAAUCGCGUGCGUCAUGGCUCAAGUUGAGCUCUCUUAA